GUUUAAUUAUAAAUUUAUAUCAGUAAGUCUUAAGUGAUGUGUCAAUAAAUACAGUAUGUUAAUAGAUUUGAAGUAUACUUAGUAUGAAAGAAAUGUAUUUGAAAUAGGUUUUGGUAUAGUUGUUUUUUAUUAUUUUUUUUACUAGGGCUGGUGGAUUCUGGUCAUUUCGAUCUGUGAUGUUAGAUCAAGAUCAAGAUUUUACCAACUUAACAUUUUACAUGUUGCUCUGUGUUAUUGACUAAGGAUUGUGAAUAUCAAAUGCACUCUUUGCAGUGAGGAUUGUUCUGCUGGGGAAGAGUGUGUCAGAAAACAGUGGAGUGGGAAACUUCCUGUUGGGACGAGCAGCGUUUGACAGUGAAGCUCCUCCAGAUGUUGUAGAGAGAGUCGGAGGAAGAUUGAAGGACAGACAUGUGAUGGUCAUCAACAGUCCUCAGCUGCUCCAGACAAACAUCUCAGAUGAUCAGAUCACACAGACAGUAAGAGAGUGUGUGUAUCUGUCUGAUCCAGGACCUCAUGUGAUCGUUCUGCUCCUCAAACAUGAUCAGUGUUCAGCAGAAGAUCAGGAGUGUGUGCAGAAGGUGCUGGACUCUUUCUCUGAUCACGUUUAUCAACACACCAUGGUGCUCACCACACAAGAGUCCACUGAAACCAAUGACAUCCUACAGAAAAUCAUUCAGAAAUGCUUCAACAGACACUUCAGUCUUCAGAGGAGCAGCUCUCCUGAUGAUCUUCUGCAGGUGUUUGAGGAGAUUGUGCAAAUGAAUGAUGGACGUCACCUGGAUUGUGCUGAAGAUGAAGCUUCACAGUAUUUCACAAUGAAGAAACAGGCUACAGAAAGAUUUUCAGAGGGUGUGAAGCUGAACCUGGUUGUGGGCGGAAGUGACGGGACAUUAAAAUCCUCCAUAUCAGAACUGAUCCUGAGAGACGUGGAGCUUCAUGGACAUCAGAUCAGCCUGGUGGAGCUUCCAGCUCUGUUCAACACUCGGCUCUCAGAGGAGGAAGUGAUGCAUCAGACUCUCCACUGUGUGUCUCUCUGUCAUCCUGUAGUUCAUGUUUUCCUUCUCGUUAUUCCUGAUGCUCCACUCAAUAAUGAAGACAAAGCAGAAAUGGAGGAGAUCCAGAGGAUGUUCAGCUCCAGAAUCAACAAACACAUCAUGUUCCUCAUAAUGCAGAAUUCAGAGCAUCAGACAGCAGAACUCAAUGAAGAAACACAGUCUGUCAUUGAGAGUUUUGGAGGACGACACCAUUUCUUUGGUCCCAACACACAAGUGUCCACAUUGAUGGAGAACAUUGAGAAGAUGCUGGAAGAAAACAGAGGAGAGUUUUACUCCACUGAGGUAUUUUUCGAGGCGCAGAUGAAAAAACUGCUGCAAUUUGAAGAGAUGAAAAAGAAAAUUCAUUCGCUAGAAACACAUUUACUGCCACAAGGUUCAACAGAGAGUGAAGAUAAAGUGAGGAUUGUGCUACUGGGAAAAACUGGAGUUGGGAAAAGUGCAACAGGAAACACCAUCUUAGGAAGAGAUGUGUUUAAGGCAGAACAAUUUGAAUCAGUGACCAGUGAGUGUCAGAGGGAAACAUCUGAAAUCAAUGGCCGACACGUUACUGUGAUCGACACUCCAGGACUGUUUGAUACUGAACUGAGUAAUGAGGAGAUCCAGAGAAAACUCAGCCACUGCAUCUCCAUGAUCCUGCCUGGACCACAUGUGUUUCUCCUACUGAUUCCACUGGGACAAUUCACUAAACAUGAGGAAACAUCAGUGAAGAUCAUCCAAGAGACGUUUGGUGAGAAAUCUUUAAAGUACACAAUGGUGCUCUUCACCAGAGGAGAUGAUCUGAAGGACCAAACCAUUGAACAGUGUUUGGGAAAACCUGGAUCUCCUUUGAUGAAGCUGAUUGAAGCAUGUGGAAACAGAUACCAUGUGUUCAAUAAUAAUCAGACUGGAGACCGAACACAGGUGUCUGAUCUACUGGAGAAGAUAGACAGCAUGGUGAAAGAAAAUGGAGGGAGUUUCUACUCAUGUAAGAUGUUCAGAGAGAGGGAAAGAGAAAAACAAGAACAACAGAUGAAGUUCCUGAUGGACAGAGUCAGAGAAAAAGAAGAACUGAUGAACAAACUAGAAGAAGAGAAAGACAGAAUGAAGAUGAUGAUGAUGGAGGAAAAAAGACUGAAUGAUAAAGAGAGAAAGAGAAGAGAUAAAUAUAACAUAGAAAUAACAAAAAGAAAAAAUCAGGAUGAUAAAAGGAGAGAGAGAGAAAAACAGAUUCCUGAUGAACAGUAUCAGAGACUCAAGAGUGAAGACAUGAAGAUCUGCUUUGAAUCUGAUAAUUCAGUACAGAUCACAGCCUACAGGAAACUGGAGACUGAAUACAGCAAGUGGUCCUGGAGUCUCCGUAGUGCCAUGAUGGAAACUGAGAACAAACUACACAACAAAAUAGAAAAUAAAGCAAUUAAUGAGGUUGAGGAAACUGAUUUUCAAAGAGAACUGAAGAAGACAAGUGAAGAAGUGGAGAAAUCAAUGUCAGAAUUCUUUGAGAAAGACACAGAUGCAGAUAUACUGAUUCAGUGGAAAACAUCAGUUGAAAUCAAAAUUAAAGAGCUUCAGGUAAACACUGUGAGAGAAACAAAGAGGAAAUUAAAUGACCUGAAGGAAAAGACUGAUGCUCAGAGAAAACAUCAUGAAAACACUCUCUAUGAAAUGAGCAAAGAACUUGCCUUAAAACUCAAAGUCAAUACAAACGAUGAAACACUAAAGAAAGAAUUUGAUUUGUUGUGGGAACAGAGUGUGAAGGAGAUCAUCACAGACACUCCUCCAAUCAAAGACAUUGACAUAAUGAGAGAUGUGAAAAAGAUCCUCAGUGACAUCUAUAAAAGUCCUCCUCCAAUCACCCGGUUGUUUUACAGAAACAUUUUCUCUGUGCAGAGUUAUUCAGAUUAUGUUCAGUUAAAGAAAUCUAGUGAAUCUACAGGAUUUUUCAGAUAUGUCUACAGAUCAGAGACUUAUGCUCUAUCUAAAACAGAUGAAGCCCAAAUAAGAUCAUUAGUCACAGAAGUUGAAAAGCAGACAGACAGAAUGAUUCAGUCAUUUAACAUUUCAAAGAUGGGCUACAACAUCAGCUACAUUCAACAACUCACAGAUUACAUCAGGAAGAGAGUAAAAGAACAUAAUGAAGGAUCAGUAAAAUAUGUGUUCAAGAGAAAAUUCUUUAUGUAUUUGGUUUUUUCCAUCUGUAAGAGAGCAAACAUAAUGAUCACUGACCAACACAGACUGUUCAGAGAAGCCAAUGAUCCUGAAAUAUAUGUAGAGAAGAAGAGACAAGAGUACUAUAGUAUCUUCCAGAAAUACUGUCAUGGAGCCGCAUCAGCUGCCAUUUUUGGAGAGAUCAUCUGUCAGAAACUGAAAGAGCCCAUUGAGCAGAGUGUCUACAAGAAGACUGCCAGAGAUCUGACAGAUGAAAUGAGAUCAAACUGUGAAUCACUGAAUGGAAACAGAUCAAAUCUGGAGAAACACAUCCUGAAGUCACUGGCAGAGGAGGAGGAUUUUGACAAAUACAUGAACUACAUUGAUAAUCCCAGAGAUCACUUCAAGAGUUUCAUCAGAGAUGAAGUCAGUCGGUACAUCACUGAUAAGUUCUUAGUCAAUGUUUUACCCAAGAUGAAGGAGAACAUUAAACUCCUGCAGCAGAAGAUCAUGAAAGCAGCACAUGAAUCUACUGAACAUGUUCAAGUCAACAGAGGAGAUGUUGGUUUGUGGUUGAAGAGUUUCACACAGAAGCUCUCAGAUGAGCUGAUCUUCUCUGAAAAAGAUCUCAGAGGAGUGAAACAUGAUGAUGUUGAUGAUUUCAACCUCCUAGAAGAUGUGAUAAGACACAAACUUCCUGCUAUAAUGACUGACAUCAGCAGUAACUUUAGCAAAAAAACAUUUCCAGUAAAUUUGGACUAUAAGUUCAGACCAGAUGAGCUUCUGAUUGAUCACUUCUGUCAGUGCUGUUGGGUUCAGUGUCCGUUCUGUAGAGCCACCUGCACCAACACCAUAGAAAACCAUCAUGAAGAUCACAGUGUUCCUUUCCAUAGAGUGGAUGGAAUUAAUGGCACAUAUCAUGGUUUAACACGUAAUUUCUCCAUUGAUAUUUGUACAGACUUAGUGGGAAGUGAUCAGUAUUUUAAUACACCAUAUGGGUCGUUUAAAUAUCAAGAAUACAGAAGAGCAGGAGGAGUUUAUGCAGAAUGGAGCAUCACCCCUGAUCUCUCUGAUCUACCCUACUGGAAGUGUUGUGCUCUUGAUCCUUGA